ACCGAAAACCACGCGCCCGCCCAACUCAGAUCUCCCAUCACGAUCAAGAUCCAACGGCCCAGAUCCAUUCCCUCUCCUUCUGACUCUUCUCUCAAAAGAGAACAAAAAUAACAUUCUGAAUCUUCGAAAAGCCGAUCGGGAGAAAAAAACAACUCAACGGCCGGCCGGUUACUCUCUCUACCUCCGUCCUGAAGAUUCAUCUCCCCGGAGCAGAUCCGUGAUUCGUUUCUAGACGCUAUUACUUGAUAUUGUGAUCCACGCAAUGGCUGCUCCUCCUGCUAGAGCUCGCGCUGAUUACGAUUACCUCAUUAAACUACUCUUGAUCGGAGACAGCGGUGUGGGUAAGAGUUGCCUCCUCUUGCGUUUUUCAGAUGGCUCCUUUACCACCAGUUUCAUUACAACCAUUGGAAUUGAUUUCAAGAUACGGACUAUUGAGCUGGAUGGGAAGAGAAUUAAGCUGCAAAUCUGGGAUACUGCAGGACAGGAGCGGUUCCGGACUAUCACAACUGCGUACUACCGUGGAGCCAUGGGCAUUUUGCUUGUGUAUGAUGUCACCGAUGAAUCAUCUUUCAACAACAUCAGGAACUGGAUCCGUAACAUUGAGCAGCACGCUUCUGAUAAUGUCAACAAGAUUCUCGUGGGGAACAAGGCAGAUAUGGAUGAAAGCAAAAGAGUCUCUCUCUCUCUCUCUCUUACCGUUCCCAUAUAUCUUUCUGCUUAUUUAUUACGUGAUUUGUUUAUCCAACACACUGAUUUGUUGUGUGUUUUGUAUUUCCAGGCUGUGCCAAAAGCUAAGGGACAAGCUCUUGCAGAUGAAUACGGAAUCAAGUUCUUCGAGACUAGUGCCAAGACGAACUUAAACGUUGAGGAAGUUUUCUUUUCAAUAGGUAAAGACAUUAAGCAAAGACUCGCAGAUACCGAUGCAAGGGCUGAGCCACAAACAAUCAGAAUCAACCAAUCCGACCAAGGUGCAGGGACGUCGCAAGCUACUCAGAAAUCAGCAUGUUGCGGUUCGUAGAGAAUCCGGUCGAAGAUACAAACAUGAUAUUUUUUCGCCUUAAAAAGAGUGAAAAAUCUUCAAUGCUUUUCCAUACGGGAUGGUGUUGUUUUCUACGUAUUCUUUUAAACAUCUUCAAUGUUACUCUCUUAAAAAAGCUGCUAUAAAUAUUUGAUUACUCAUUGUUGCAGGCAUUGAAAUACAUUUAACGAAUGUUUGUUUACAUA